GUUUUUCUUCAUGUCACCUUGCAUCUUGUGGCCUACUUCACAAUCUGCAGAAAGUCGAAAAGUGGCUACAACCCAUUGUAGUUUAUGUGACCCCAAUGGAGAUAUACAAAAGAAGCAUGUUGACAAAGACGGUUGUGGAAGAAGGAGAAAGAAAGAUUGCCGGAAGAGAAAACGAAAACGAAGAAAUCAUAAAUAGGAUUUUGUCUUUGACAACAGUUGAAGGUGUUGUUUCGGUGCUUAGGAUUGUGGGGAUGAAAGGGAUCGGGAAAACAGCACUUGCUGAAUUAGUUUGCUGUGAUAUUAGAGUGACAACAAAAUUUUCGGUGAUAUGGAUUAGUGGUAUCCAUGGCAACUCUUAUGUUGAGUCUGUCAAGAAAGAAAUGAUUCGUGAACUAGAGAUAGAGGGGAAGGGAAUGAAGAAAAUUGAAGAUCUUAAUCCUGAAGAAGCCACGAGAAGAAGUAGAUUCCUUCUAGUGCUGGAUGAUUUACGAAGCGAGAACCAUGAAGAACUGCUCAGUUUGCGUAGAGAACUGAGGGAGGUUCCUGGCUCAUCUGGUGGUGUAAUCCUUGUAACCACGCAGAAUAGUUUAGGGCCCCCCAAGCUGGUCCGAUAUACUUUGAGACUAGACAUUCUGGGAGAGGAAAAUUUUUGGGCUUUAUUUGAGAAAGUUAUAGGAGGAGUUUCAAGUGAAUCAAAGACCAGUGAUGCCCAAAAGAAGUUGAUUAAAAAGUGCCGGGGAGUCCCUGCAGCAAUAACAAAAUUGGCAACAAUGUUGAAGACUCGUGAAGCAAUUUCUGAAGCAGACAUAAAGAAUUUGGAGCGGAUAUUCAUGCAGGAGAUGAAGACGAUGUACUACGAUGAGCUCCCCUCCUGGCAUCUGAAACAAUGCUUUGCUUAUUUACCAUUUAUAUUCCCUAAGGCAGGUCAAGCAGUCAAGGUUGAGACACUAGUUCAGCUUUGGAUGGCAGAGGGAUUUUUGGGCCCAUUCAAUUCUUCUUCUCAACCAGAAGAAUUGGGAAUUAGCAUUAUAAAAGAAUUCUGUCGCAGAUCAAUCCUUUCCGUUAGAGAAGACCAAUUUGGCAGCAUUACAGAUUGCGGCAUGUAUAACCCGCUAUUGCUUGAUCUGUCAAGAUUCGUAGCCGGCGAGGGCCGCUGCUACAUGGAUGACCGUGGCGAGAGUGUCAUGCAAACUGUCCGUCGAGUGUUUUUAACUCAAGACUUUGAUUUUUCAAAUGGGAUUCCCGAAUCCCUCAAUAAAACUAAGAAACAUUUGCGUACCAUUCUCUUCCCCCUACCAGGUAACAACGACUGGUCCUCACGAAUUCCACAUGAUGUCACAUUAAGCCUGUCUGCAUGUGAUGCGAUUUUCCGUGCGUUCGAGAGUUUGCAUGUGUUGGGCCUAGCAGAUUUAGGCAUGAGGAUGCUGCCUAGUUCAAUUGGAGAGUUAAAGCUCUUAAGAUACCUCAACCUAUCUCAUAAUAACAUGGACAAACUUCCCGCUUCCAUUGGAAAGCUAAAGCGCUUACAGACAUUAAAACUGUCCCAUUGCCAUCAACUCAAAAAGUUGCCUGAUGAGGUACAGCAUCUAGUGAAUCUCAAGCAUCUGGAGCUAGAGGGGUGCCUGCAUCUGGCACACAUGCCGUCAACAUUGGGGAAGCUAACAAAGCUUGAGAGAUUGUCCCAUUUCACAGUCAGCAACAAUAAUUGCAAGCACAAGCAAUUGCAAGGUUUUGCAGAAUUGAUGAAUCUUAAAAACUUAAGAGGGGGUUUGGAAAUUCUACACUUGGAGCGCUUGAAAUUUGAGGAACCACGGCAUGUUGGGCGUGCCUAUUUGAAAGACAAAGAGCAUCUUUGGGACAUCAGUCUGAAAUGGAGUCAUGAUGAUGAUAACAAUAAGAAAGACAAUGAAAAAUCACUGCUGGAUCGUCUUGAGCCACAUCCAAAUCUUCAAGGAUUAUCUAUAAAGGGAUAUAGAGGUACAGCAUUUUCAACUUGGCUCUCGUCCCUCAAAAAUCUUGUUAGCUUUACUUUGAACAACUGCUCCAUGUGCACAUCUCUCCCUGCAUUGAACGGAUUCCCUAAUCUUAAAGUUCUCAGACUUGAGAGGUUGGACUCUUUGAAAUACAUAACAGAUGGAACCAAAGGAAGCACAGAACUGGGGUUAUGCAUGCUAGAUUAUUUGUCGAUAUCAGAUUGCCCAGAGCUCACAAGUUGGUGGAGGCCUAGUGAAACCGCUCACAACAAUGCCAUAUUAUUUAGCUCGUUGUCAAUUUUGGAUGUCAAAUACUGUCCAAAACUAAGUUCUAUGCCAUUGUAUCCCAAUCUUGACGUGAGGCUGAUUUUGGAGGGUUCCAGCAUGAGAACGUUGUUGGACACCAUAAAUUAUAGGUCAACUUCAAAUCCUGCUCCUCCCCUCUCCAGAUUGAUGCGGUUAAAAAUUAACAACGUAGAGGAAGAGUCUUAUCUACCGAAUAACUGGCUAGAAAACUUUCUCUCACUCCAAUAUCUUUGGAUCAGUGAGAAAAUGUCAGUGGUCAAAAGUUUCAGCCAUCUUCGCUCACUUAACACCAUGACCAUCACAAACUGUACAGGAGUGGACUUACCUAGUGAGGAAUGGGGUGGUCUCAAAAUGCUCCGGCAUCUGACAAUACAGGAAGUUGCUAAGCUGAAAUCUCUUCCAUCAGGAAUCAAACAUCUUACAUCUCUAGCUGCUCUAUGGAUCAACGGUUGUCCUGAGUUAGAAACUUUGACAGAGGAAAUAGGCAAUCUCAAAUCCCUUAAUAUUCUUCACAUUGAAAAUUGCCACAACUUACAUUCGCUUCCCAAAACAAUGUCCCAACUCAAAUCACUAAACAAGUUAGUGAUUCGGAGCUGCCCAUUGUUGUUGCCAAGGUGCCAAGAAGGAACCGGUGAUGACUGGCCACAGAUCAGGCACAUCAAAGAUAUCUACGUGGCUGGCACUUCUGAAGUCUUUGAGUAAUAACAUCAAUCAAGUCCGAACUAGUUCGGCUAACCGGUCUCUUGGGUACUUGACAAAAGACUUGCCCUAAGCCUCUAAUAAUUUCUCUCUCCCUCUAAAAGAUUGGUAUAGCUAUGCAGUUCUGCUACUUCUUCCUUCAGUCUUUGUUCAUACAAGUAUUACACCUCGGGCAUUGGUUGGGUAUUCCAAAUCAACCUGAAUUUCAAUCUUCAUUCAGGUGUAGGAAUCCAGCUAUUGGUGAGAAUCAGAUGGAACUAGAUGAGUCUUCUGGGUAAGAUAAAGAUUUGGUGUCUACCUUUGAUGUCAUGUGUUUGUAUUAAAGGUUAAAUAAAGAAGGACAGCAACCUUCGUUUUAUUAUCCAAAGAAAAGCUUCUGAGAUACAUUUCUUUACAUUUUAUACGUUAUGAUCCUUGAAAGUAUGUAACAUUACCAUGUUCGGGCUACUUAUAAAUCUAUGCGUAAAUUUAGUUGGAUCACUCAUUUUGUAUACCUGCAUUCUUCAAUUAUAAAAAAAACUGCCGUCUCUUUUUGUGAUGGUUCA